AUGUCAGUAAGCUCUUCAGAAGCAGAGAAACAUAUGGCCCUUCAGACCACAUUGUCAAAGUUUGAAGCCUAUUUACUAGAGAAGAGGCUGAUGGGAAGUCAAGAGUCUAAGGAAGAUUUUUCGGCCUGUGCGGCCGAAGACGAGUAUCCAAUGCCAGUCGUAGAUCAGUUGGUAGAUGGAGCUUCUGGUCACAAGGUUUUGUCCUUCAUGGACGGACAUUCUGGUUACAAUCAGAUCUUUAUCGACGAGACCGAUACGGCUAAGACCGCUUUUAGGUGUCCUGGAGCCCUAAGAACCUUUGAGUGGGUCGUAAUGCCCUUCAGCCUAAAGAAUAUCUACAUUGAUGAUAUCGUGGUCAAGUCUCAGUCCUAUGAUGACCAUUUGGAACGCUUGAGGAAGUCUUUCUUGAGAAUGCAACAGUUUGAUUUGAAAGUAAACCUUUUGAAAUGUGCCGUCGGAGUCGUCGCAGGCAAGUUCCUUGGAUUCUUGGUCCACAACAGAGGGAUUGAGGUUGACAAGAACAAGGCCAAAGCAAUCAUGGAAGCAAAGCCUCCUACCACCAAGAAGGAGUUGCAGAAGCUCUUGGGUUCAUUUAACUUUUUGAGAAGGUUUAUCUCAAACCUAGCUGGAAGGGUUCAGGUCUUUUCUCCACUCUUAAAGCUGAAGGACCAUGACGUAUUUGUUUGGGAGGCAAACCAUCAAAAGGCCUUUGAUGAGAUCAAAGGCUAUCUAGCAACGGCUCCAGUCCUUAUGCCUCCCAUCAAGAACAGGCCGUUGAAGCUCUACAUCUCAGCAGCUGAGGGCUCUAUUGGAGGCCUCUUGGCUCAAGAUAAUGCUCAAGGAAAGCAACAGGCGGUUUAUUACUUGAGUAGGUUGUUGACUCCUUGUGAAAGGAGGAGUAUGAAUACUGAAGCCAACAGCUUGGCUCAGGCCUCCACAGGUCUGAAGCUAGCUCCAGAAACAAUCCACAAAAUCAUCACAAUCCAAAAAAAGUUGUUACCUUCUGUUAGAAGGAGAGGUCUAGGACUGGAGAUAUUUACUUCUGACUUCACAGGUGAAGAAUCAGAUGAUGAACCAGAAAACGAUUGGCGUACACCUAUUAUUUCCUUCCUAAAGAGGCCUCAUCACAGAACUUCUAGGAAAGUAAGGAGAAGGGCUAUGAGCUAUAUCCUCGUGGGGCACCCCGAGGCCAUGAGGGUCAUGAGUGAAGUCCAUGAAGGAAUCUGUGGCGCCCAUCAAUCUGGAAUAAAGAUGAGAUGGCUAAUCAGAAGGUAUGGAUACUAUUGGCCAACCAUCUUAAAGGAUUGUAUUCGUUUUUCUAAAGGAUGCCAACCUUGCCAAGCCCAUGGCCCAAUUCAGCGUGUUCCUGCAGCUGAUUAUCAUGCUGUGGUCAAACCUUGGCCAUUUAGAGGUUGGGCCCUUGACGUAAUUGGGAAAAUUUAUCCGCCCUCUUCAGGAAAUCAUACUUACAUCUUGGUAGCCACGGAUUACUUCACCAAGUGGGCAGAAGCGGUGCCAUUAAAGUCUGUGGAUCAACAAGAGGUAAUCAAGGUGAUCAAGGAAAGAAUCAUCCAUAGGUUUGGACUGCCUGAACACUUGGUUGCAGAUAGGGGUACGAUAUUUAUGGGAGAACAAGUGGUUAACUUUGCUGCACAGCAAAAUAUUAUUAUCUCCAAUUCUACUCCUUAUUACGCACAAGGAAAUGGCCAAACCGAAUCCACCAACAGGACUCUUGUCAACACUGUCGAGAAAAUGGUGAAAGAUAAUCUAAGGGCCUGGCACGAAUUGCUUUCUGAGGCCUUAUGGGCCUACAGAACCUCAAAGAAGGAAGCCACCAAUAUAACUCCUUAUAUGUUGGUAUAUGGGCAUGAUCCAGUCCUACCAAUGGAAGUAGCAGUAAAGUCAACAAGAAUAGCAUAUCAAAAUGGCCUCACUUCUGCAGAUUAUACUCAGGCCAUGCUGAUGGAGCUUGAGGACUUGGACGAAGUUAGGCUUGCAGCCCUUGAUCACAUGUUGGUUCAGAAAAGAAGAGUCGCUAGAUCUUAUGACAAACGUGUAAGGAAAAAGAGCUUUACUGAGGUGACUUGGUUUAGAAGGCAGUCUUCCCCUUAG